AUGAAACUCCUCAACAAGACAAUCGCCUUGGAAAAGGACAAGAGUGGGUCUCUUUCGCUUGUACCUCAAGACAAGGAGGAUUUAUGGCAGCUUUACAACUUGGUUCAAAAAGGAGAUAAGGUGGAACUCCUGACGGUGAGAAAUGUCAAGAAGACGCCGGGGUCCAAGGCUGAAAGAAAGCAUCUCCAUUUGACUCUCGCUGUAGAAGGCGUGGAAUACGAGCCAAGCGAUGAAGUUAUGAGAAUUCGUGGUAAGACCACCGAGCAGAAUGAGUAUGUUCCAAACCAGAGUUUUCACACCGCUGAGGUUCAGCUCAACAAGGCCCUCAAGUUGAGCAAGCCCGAGUGGGACGAGUUCAGCUACAACAUUGUCAUUGAAGCUUCUUCAAUUGAGAAGAAGGCUGAAGUCGGUGCAGUUGUUCUCGAGGAGGGUGUGGCCCACCUCUGUCUUGUCACUGAUAACAUGACUGUUCUCCGAAACAAGGUGGAAAAGUCCAUUCCAAGAAAGAAUCGAAGCGACGGUGGUGGCUCCUCGCAUGACAAAGCCAUUGGUAAGUUCCUCGAUACUGUCCAAGCAACACUUUUGCGUAACUUUGACUUGGAAAAGCUCAAGGUGGUUAUUCUUGCCUCGCCAGGUUUCACUGCGACUGCCCUUAAGCAGGCCAUUUUCGAUACAGCUGUCAAGAACAACAAUAAGACCAUCCUCAAGAACAAGUCCAAGUUCUUGGUCGUGCACUCUUCCACAGGUUAUCUUCAAGGCCUAGAGGAGGUGUUGAAGGACCCUGCUGUGCAGAAGAACUUGACCGACACCAAGUUCGCCAAGGAAGCGGCUAUUUUUGACGAGUUCCAGCGUAUACUCAACUUAGAUGAUGGAAGGGCCUGGUAUGGUCCUCAGGAAGCCAUCAAGGCUCUGGAAAUGGGCGCUGUUAAGAGCCUUCUUCUCACAGACGCUUUGUUCAGAAGCGAUGAUAUUGCCGUUAGAAAACACUACAUAGCUUUGAGCGACGAGGUGAAGGCUCAAGGCGGAGAAGUAUACAUCUUCUCGACUCUACACGAGUCAGGCGAGCAGCUCAACCAGUUGACGGGUGUGGCUGUAUUGCUCAAAUACCCAUUGGAGCUUGAUGAGGAUGAGGAUGACGAGGAGGAUGACGAAUAA